CUUCCUCCUCACGCUGAUGAUUGUUGGCUGCCUGGCAUCUGUAACUUGGUGCAGCACAGCUGAAAUCGACAGAGAACUUAUUGAUCUAAAUACGUACCCAAUAAAAAGGACUGUACGGGAAUCUCCCUGCGAUGUCGGCUACGCAUACAUUCCAAUUGCCUUUGUUCUACUGCUGUAUUUGGUGUAUCUGGUCGAAUGUUAUCAUAGCACAGCAAGGAUACAGCUAGCAAGACGUGUGGAUGUAACCGCAGUGAGCGCAAGAGUCCAUGCGAUGAGGAACGCCAACCCAAGAGUCUGGUGGAAAGCUAUUUGCUAUCACUACGUGCGUCGAAAGCGGCAAGUCACGCGAUAUCGCAAUGGCGACGCUUACACUACAACCCAGGUUUACUACGAGCGAGUAAAUACGCAUAGCGCAAGUACGUCAUUUGCACAUGCCUGUUGUGGCCAACGUGAUGCUUCAAGGAAUCUAGUUUUAGACUCGAAAACCCCUAUUACUAAAGUCCGCUUCAGUAAAGGAUUCGCUUUUGCGAACAUUGAGGCUGCCAGUGAAUUUGAAGACCAAAGGUCAAGAUUUUUCGCAGAACAUGAAAGAUUCGAUGACUUCAUGGAAAUGCGUGAGGGAUUAGAUUUAAUAGGUGUUAGUUCUUUUAGGGAGUACAUGGUAGCAUAUAGGGAAGCUGAUCGCUGUCCUUGGUAUUCAUCUCAACUUCUUUUUUGGACUCUUUCCUGUCUUCUUCUCUCCUGGCCUCUAAGAAUUGUUAUAGAAUGUAAUACGGCGUAUGUCCAUUAUACGAUAACAAAAAUAUUCGGCACAAAUUACGAAUUAGAUCCUAGUCGACAAUUAGAUUUAGAUACACAUUUAUCUGAUACUUUGCCGCCAGUCCCUGCAACAAACUACUCAUGGGCCUUGGCUGAUGAGCAAAGCGCCGUCCUAUGUGCAGCUUCCCGACCUCCACGUACGCUUCCACUUUCUCAUGCAUCUACUGUGGAUAGUCUCGAACUAUUUGCAGCAAUUCGAGGUAACUGUGCAAUUGUACCAUCGUACUCAGAAGCUAUGCGUAUCGAUGCUGCUCUAAGAGAAGAUCCAGCGGAAAAUACAUCCAACGCAGGUGUUCUUAUUGAUAUCGAAGGAGAGCCAAGGCCUAAUAGGCCUGCUAUUAAAGCAGCAUCUUUCGACGAACCAACAAGAAGACCACGAGUAACUAUAGCUGGCACGCAUUCAAGUCACAAUAUUGCUGGUAGCUCUAGAUCCCAUGAAGCUAAACAGCAGAAUAGGAGAUCUUGGGCAGGUGUGUUAACAUCUGCUAGAAGUGCAAGACAAAUUCUGGAUGAAUUAACAAAUAAUCCUGUUACGUAUGAACCUAUACCAGAAUGUCAAGUGAGAAGAAACGGAGAAAAUACUUUAUAUUUCUCUAGAGAAUUGUCACCAACGUGUUCAAGAGAUCCAUUUGGGGGUCGAGCUCAAACGACACCUACUGAUGAACCGCCAACGUACGAAGAAGCUUUAAAGUUACCUGCAUUAAAGAAGUUAACAAGAUCCAUAACAGGCACGGAUUUAGCUGGACCCAGAAGAGCAUUUUUGAAGGAUGUGUUGGCAAAUAGAAGAUCAUGUUUGGAAGGUGUUGGUGUAUUAGCAGGUGCUAACGUUGUUAGAUUGCCAUAUAGUGAGUCAGGUGAAGAAACGCCACUAUAG